AUGACGACCACUGAAAGCCGCCUGAAUUCUCAGCAGAAAUUCUGCCAAUUGUUCUUGUUGGUGGUGCUUCUGUUUGCUAUACUUCCAGAAUCAGUGAGAUCAUUUCAACCAAACACCUCCAGAAGGAUACGAUCGCCAACUUUGGUGAAGCAACGAACAUUUUCAAUGCACUUUCUGAAAUCGUCUUCCCUGAAUGACAUGAAUUCCGCUGUCGACGUGGAUUCUGCCCUUGUCAUUCCUUGUUUGGAUCAAUGGGUAACAUUACCUAGUGGAGAAAUGAUGGGAAUUGUGUACCAUUCGAAUACUGAAAAUGAGGGACUAUCGAUGAACGACGGCGAUGUCAUUGCCACUUCACCGGUAGCAGCAGAUGAUUUUGAACGCUUGCAAGAAGGAAUGAAUGUGGCCACCAUUUCGGGGACUCAGUAUGCACUAUUGAAUCGAGCCACUGUUGAAAUGGCUCAACAUUACAACUACUUGCUCGAGAAUACGGACAGCACUGCAAGUGAUAUGCCAAGCCCACCAAUUCCAACAGCGUCCUCUUUGAUGCCGGAAUCAACGACGGCAGACAGGAGCGCUACCACCGAUACCACUGAAACACCGGAAAGCCAAGACAAGGCGAAGCAAUUGUUACAAAAAGUCAAGGACGCGGGAGUAAGUGGUGCAAUUUCCUACGCGCUUUGGGAACUGGCCUUUUGGACCUUGUCCGUUCCCGUCUGUCUCGUGGCCUAUCAGUCAUUGACAGGUCAUUGGCCCGAUUUCCAAUCGUCUGAAGAUUGGAAGCAAUUGGGUGGGGAAGCCUUUGUUUUUGUCAAUCUGGCUCGGUUUGCUGUACCCAUUCGUAUUGGAUUGGCCUUGUCCACUGUACCAUGGGUCCAAACUAAUUUGGUUGACCGAUUUUCCAAGGGUGGUGGAGCAGCAGCAGGCGUGCCACAGCAACACCACCAACAACAGCUCAAUGCAGAACAAAUCAAAGCAAUGGAAGAGUACAAAGACUACCUUACGCAACGAUCUCCUGAGCUACGACAGAGGCUUGAAGCUCACCAUGAAGAACCGAAAAUGAGCGCUUAUGAAGAGUAUGAACAGUACCGUCAACAGCGGUCGCCAGAGUUGCAACAACAAUUGCAACUCUAUCAAGAAAGAGCUAUUGACGACGAGCCGUCGUCAAUAUCAGAAGAGAGUGCCAUAGAAUCAUACCAACGAUACCUAGAACAGCGACCCAAUGAGGAACUACAAGAACGGUUUCAGCACCAUGGCGAUGAUGAUCAACAGGGGCAACAAGGACAAAAACCAGAACCAGAAUUCAAGGCUGCACCUCAAUCUUUGGAACAGAUUUCCGAGCUGAAGCAGGAAGAAGAAGCGUACAUAUCGUAA